AUGGCUUCGCGUCUCAGCUUCCUCAACCUUCGACGUAGGUGCCUACCGAACAUAUGACCUAAACAGGUAGAUGAGAUUGAACCCGCAGCAGCAUGGCUUCGCUCAAAACGGGCAGGCUGCCCUCCAUGAAGCGCCAGCAUCUUCUUGCUGAAUUCACUGGGCUGAAGCAAGCAUGCCCCGAAGGCGUAUUCGUCAGUCUGACCCCGGGAGACCCAACCCUAUGGUCUGGAGUCAUAUUCGUGCGCAAGGGUCCCUACGCAAACGCGAUAUUGCGCUUCCAGAUAUCCUUCCCGGACACGUACCCGAGCCUGCCGCCCCUGGUGACCUUCUCCACCGACAUCUUCCACCCCCUGAUCACACCGCUCACCACCUACAUGUACACCACCGACAUCCAGGACAACGGCACCGUGAGCGCCACCGACGAGGAGCGCCUCCCGCCGGGCGGCUUCAGCCUCCGGCACGGCUUCCCGCACUGGUUCGGCCGCGCCAGCCGUAGCCGCCAGACCAGCAGCCAGCAGCACCGGGAGGCCACGACGCCGCCGCCAUCGUCGCGCCGGCCGACAGCAGCCUCCGGAAGCAGAGACACCACCCCGCGCAGCACAACCACCACCGCCACCAGCACCCCGGCGGGGUCCUCCUCCGUCGCGGCCACCACCCCGGGCGGCACCGUCGGCUUCGCGCAGACGGCGGCGGGCGGGAGGCGGCGGCCGGACGUGUCGACGCACGACGUCCUGCGCUACGUGGCCGGCGCGUUCGACGACGCCGCCGUCCUCGACGCCGUGCCCCUCGAGGCGGCCGGGAACCCGGGCGCGUGGCACGCCUGGCGGUCGCGGCAGCGGCAGCGCGGGAGGGCGCCUGCCGUGGAUGUGCGCGGGGAGGUGCGCAAGCUGGAGGGGGCCGGCGGGGGUGGUGGUGGUGGUGUUGCCCGAGGGGAGGGGCUGGGACAGGGGUCGGCGAGGCGGCCUGGCGAGUGGAGCUGGGAGGGGGUGUGGGAGGAGAGGGUCAAGAAGGGGAUUGCGGGGAGCUUGAGCGAGGCGGUGUUGUUUGGGAAUGCGGGUGCGGGGGAUGACGUGAUCAACUUCCUCAACAUGGACGAGAACGAGAUCGAGGGCGUCAAGGACAACCUUCUCCGCACCCUCGGUGCUUCUCCUUAGAUGGGUCGCGCUUGCUUCCUAGGGAAGGACAUCCGCAGGGCCAUCUGGGGUGUGGACGAAAGGGGCAGUCGCCCUUUUGUAGGCAUGAUUUGCGGCUGCUGUUAAUCCGGGCUUGAGGGUGGUGGAAACGACAGAAAUGUGACACGACCAUAUGAACAUCAGCACAUUGUCUUAGGCUCAUUCGGGUUUGGAACUAUAUGCAUUGCUUUGCUCAGUUUGAAUAUGAUUGCCUCGAGAAUCAGU